AUGGCUUCCCACACUCCGGCCGUUGUCAUGGACAACGGUACCGGUUUCUCUAAGCUUGGCUUCGCAGGCAACGAUUCUCCCUCCUUCGUUUUCCCGACUGCGAUUGCAACGAAAGGCCCGGCCGGUAGUGCAGGUGGAGGCUCUGGAUCCGGGCGGCCGGCCGUGGCCAACAAGCCUUCGUAUCUGACCGGAGGAGCUGGACAAGGUGGCCAUCUGAAUAUGAAGCGUGGUACCGAGGACUUGGACUUCUUUAUUGGUGAUGAAGCGCUUACUGCAGCCAAUGGCCCCGGCUACAAUAUCAACUAUCCCAUCCGUCAUGGUCAAGUUGAGAAUUGGGAUCAUAUGGAGAGGUUCUGGUCAAACUCCAUAUUUAAGUACCUUCGAGUAGAACCGGAAGAUCAUUACUUCCUACUGACAGAGCCCCAUCAGCCUCUCAACCCCCCCGAGAACCGCGAGAACACCGCCGAAAUCAUGUUCGAGUCUUUUAACUGUGCUGGACUCUACAUUGCGGUGCAAGCAGUGCUAGCUCUGGCAGCUUCUUGGACAUCAUCGAAGGUGUCCGAUCGGUCUCUGACAGGAACAGUUAUUGACUCUGGAGAUGGUGUCACUCACGUUAUUCCAGUUGCUGAAGGCUACGUUAUUGGAUCUUCUAUUAAGUCCAUUCCAAUCGCCGGACGAGACAUUACCUACUUUGUCCAGUCCCUACUCCGCGACAGAGGCGAGCCCGACUCGUCUUUGAAGACCGCUGGUGAGAUCAAGGAGGAGUACUGUUACGUCUGCCCAGAUAUCGUCAAGGAAUUCUCCCGUUUUGACCGUGAUCCUACACGUUUUGCAAAGCAUCAAGUCACACAGCCAGGUGGUCGCAAAGUCACAGUCGAUGUUGGCUACGAGCGAUUCCUCGCCCCAGAAAUCUUCUUCAACCCUGAAAUCUACUCCUCCGACUUUUUGACUCCUCUCCCAACCGUAGUUGAUGGUGUCAUCCAAUCGUCUCCUAUCGAUGUGCGCCGAGGUCUAUACAAGAACAUUGUUCUUUCUGGGGGAAGUACUUUGUACAAGGACUUCGGCCGCAGAUUACAGCGUGACAUCAAGCACCUCGUCGAUGACAGAAUCAGAGCAAGUGAGGCCAAAAGUGGUGGUGCACGAAGUGGUGGUUUGGAAGUGCAGGUCAUCUCGCACAAGCGACAACGGCAUGGUCCGUGGUUUGGUGGAAGUUUGCUCGGCCAAACCCCCGAAUUCCGAAGCUACUGUCACACAAAAGCUGAGUACGAGGAGAUUGGUCCAUCGAUUGUUCGGCGAUUUGCAUUGUUGGGUGGUCCAGGUGGAUCAUAA